CGAAAUAUUAUAACAAAGUUGGGGAAUUUGUGCUUAUGAAGAUUUAUGCUUCUUGCGGGAAAAAGAUAGAGACUAGUUUCCCAAUAUAUUGCGAAGGAAAAGGGCAAAAAAAUAUAUACUGAAAGAAAAGAAGCAUGUGAUAUUCGAUGGGUUUGCUAUUCGCCAUAUAUUGCUAUUUCAAUUAUUUGGCAUGGGUUUGUUAUUCGUUGGUUCCAAUAUAUCAGAAAAUCUUUGCUAAUUGAUGGGUUUGCAAUUCAAGCCUUGCACUAUAAAUUGUAAUUUACUAAGGGAUUCCAAUAAAUGAUGUUAUUGUUGUGCGGUUGUGCCACGCGUGAGUCAGGGAAUUUGUGUAUUUGGGAAUGGCUAGUCCCAACCCAAGUACCAAACAAAUACUCUUUUGUUGACAGCUCACGGAUUAGAAUGUAUGAAAAGUGUUAAUAGGUCUUCCUGCCUCUGAAUCAAGGUUUUAAACUGUUUCCGCAGUUGUGAUUUGGUCACAAUCCUUGACAUUGCGUGAAACUGUGGACAAAUGCAGUUGCAAUUGCAAUCAUGGAGACUCUAACAAUCAUGAUGUUGUUUCCGAAAUCACCAUCCUUGACCAUUUUUUAAAACCUUACUUGGAUUUAAAAGCAUCAUAACAAGAUUCAGAACUGGGGCCACCCUACACCAGAAUCAGUAAUCACCUGUUUGUUUUUCUUCAGAUUUAGGGUUGACACUUUAGCGGCCACAUUUGUUCACACAUAAAUAGCAGUUUCUGCAAUGAGAACACACAUAGUUGCCUCGCACUAUUAAAGGUCUAUGCCUUAAUGGUUUGUAGAAUCUGUUCUGGAGAUAUGAGCAAGCCCACAGAAUCCAAAUUCUUCUUCUACUUUCACCUAAACCAAGCACUUGUUGAAGUAGCUUCCGAGCCCACUACUGAGAAGCCGAUUCUCGUUCUUGAUUAUUUUUUUGUUUUUCCUGUGGGUGUGCAUGGUUUACAUGUGAUGCAAAGUUGCUGUUAAGCUAGCUUGGCAAUCAUUUGGCUGGCAUGGACAUAGCACAUUGCUAUUUAAAGGGUAAUGCUGAUGCUGUGGAGUUUUGUCCACAUGAUCCCUACCAUAAUGUUUUAGCGGUAUCCACUUACACAUUACAAGAAGGUUCUCAGCCCUGUCGACAUGGAAGCAUUUCACUCUUCAAUGUUGAUGUGGAACCAGGUCACCUUGACAUGGUUUUUAGUGAGGAAACUGCUGGGAUUUUUGACAUAAAGUGGAAUCCACCUGGAGGGCAUGCAAGUCCUUUUCUAGCUCAAGCAGAUGCUGAUGGAUACUUGAGAAUUAAAAUGCUGGAGGGUUGCUGUAAUGGAGUGGAAGGGGUUAAUCUAAAGGAGAUCACAAAUGAAAAAAUCAGUAACUCUAUGUGCCUGUACCUGGAUUGGAACCCUUCAGCCACAUCCAUCACAGUGGGGCUUUCUGAUGGCUCUGUGUCUAUUGUUUCUUUUCUUGAAUCCAAACUGGAAAUUCAAGAAGAGUGGAAAGCUCAUGAUUAUGAACUUUGGACAACCUCCUUUGAUAUCCACCAACCAAAUUUGGUAUACACUGGCUCUGAUGAUUGUAAAUUCAGUUGUUGGGAUUUGCGAGAUAAACCUCCCAAUGUGGUAUUUCAGAUCUCUAAAGUCCACAAAAUGGGUGUUUGUUGCAUUGAGAAGAGUCCACAUGACCCAAAUACCUCGUUAACUGGCAGCUAUGAUGAAUUCCUAAGGGUAUGGGAUUUAAGAUCAAUCUCAAAACCCCUUAAUUCAAUUAACUUGGGGGGAGGAGUUUGGAGGGUUAAGCACCACCCCUUCAUUCCAGGCUUGGUUUUGGCUGCUUGUAUGCACAAUGGUUUUGCUAUUGUCGCCAUUAAAGGCGACAAUGCCGAAGUGUCGGAAACUUACAAGAAGCAUGAUUCUCUUGCCUAUGGAGCAGAUUGGCAGAAAGGAGAAGCAAAUCACAUAGGUGAGAAUACCAAACCACUGGUGGCUACUUGCUCAUUCUACGACAAACUUGUUCGAGUGUGGAGGCCAGGAAAUGAUUUUAUCUUGUAGAAUGUAGAUUGAUGCUUAACGUUAAGUCAUUAACCCACUUGAAAAUGUGAUACGUAGUUUAUUUAUUGAAUUAUGGUUGAAUUAUAUGACACUUUGAUUUACAGUUAAUCGUUUUUACUCACUCA